UGUUGUUUACGUGAAAACGUGCGCGUGGAACGCCAACGUUGUCCGUCUUCUGUUGUGGUCCAAUGCGGAUGCAGUGCAGCUGGAGUGAGCUAAGCGGCUGAACAUGAAGUUUGCCGAGCAUUUGGGGGCGCAUAUAACGCCAGAGUGGCGCAAGCAAUAUAUUAACUAUGAGGAAAUGAAGGCCAUGCUGUAUGCAGCCAUCGAACAGGCGCCAUCCGCUGAGCUGGUGGAUCGCGAGAUGCUCACACGAUAUUUUGCCAAAUUCGACGAGGACUUCUUUCUCUAUUGCGACAAAGAGCUGGCCAAGAUCAAUACCUUCUACUCGGAAAAGAUGGCGGAGGCAACACGCAAAUAUGGCAAUCUGCGCAGCGAAUUGACUGAGGCACUCGAAAUGGGCCAUGUGAAGAAGCAGCCGGCAUGGAAGCGACGCACACCGCUGGGCAAGAAGAAUGUGCCCGCCCGCAAGAUACAGGAUCUCAAGUUGGCAUUUAGCGAGUUCUAUUUGGGACUAAUCCUAUUGCAGAACUAUCAGAAUCUCAAUUUUACUGGCUUUCGCAAGAUUCUCAAGAAGCACGACAAAUUGCUCAGUGUGGAAUAUGGAGCACGUUGGCGCACGGAUCACGUGGAGGCGGCCCAUUUCUACACAAACAAGGAUAUAGACCGACUCAUUCAGGAAACUGAACAGGCGGUCACCCAGGACAUCGAAGGCGGCGAUAGACAGCGUGCCAUGAAGCGACUGAGAGUUCCGCCGCUCGGCGAGCAGCAGAGUCCUUGGACCACCUUCAAGGUUGGCCUAUUUUCGGGCGCAUUUGUGGUGCUCUUCGUCACCGUUAUCAUAUCGGCCAUGUUCUAUGGCUUUGGUGAGAAUUGGCGAGUGGGAUUGCGCAUGUUCCGAGCUCCACUUCUCAUCACCGAGUGCCUCUUCCUUUGGGGCGUGAAUGUUUAUGGCUGGCGCUCGUCUGGGGUCAACCAUGUGCUCAUCUUUGAGCUGGAUCCCCGCAAUCAUCUUUCCGAGCAGAAUAUUAUGGAGAUUGCUUCCGUAUUUGGGGUGAUUUGGGCCUGCUGUGUCCUAUGCUAUAUAUUCUGUGACCCCUUGGGCAUUCCGCAGUAUGCAGCUCCGCUGUUUCUCUACACCUUGAUGGUCGCCUUUCUGCUGAAUCCCACCAGGACAUUUCAUCACGAGGCCCGCUAUUGGGCGCUUCGGGUUCUCGGUCGCGUCAUCAUGGCACCCUUCUGCUUUGUUACCUUUGCGGACUUCUGGCUGGCCGAUCAAUUGAAUAGUAUGGUGCCCGCAUUUCUGGAUAUACCCUUUCUGAUGUGCUUCUUUGGUCGCAAUCCGACUUGGCACAAAGCCGGCCAAGCUGGCAAUCACUGUGUACAGUAUGUAUCCAUACUGCAUCCCAUUGUGGCCAUUCUCCCAGCAUAUUUUCGCUUCGCUCAAUGCAUUCGUCGCUAUCGCGAUACCAAAGAGGCAUUUCCCCAUCUGGUAAAUGCGGCCAAAUACGCAACGUCCUUCUUUGUGGUUAUAUUUGCGCACAAGUUCCACACGACUACGGAUACCUAUUCGUUGUCCAAGGAAAAUCCUUGGUUCUACUGUUGGAUAACAGCAGCACUGUUCUCGUCCUGCUACGCCUACACAUGGGACAUCAAAAUGGACUGGGGCCUCUUCGAUGCGAAGGCGGGCGACAAUCGAUUCCUGCGUGAGGAAAUCGUUUAUUCAUCGACGUGGUUCUAUUACUUUGGCAUAAUUGAGGAUUUAAUAUUGCGUUUCAGUUGGACGCUUUCGAUGAGCCUCAUCCAGGCUGGUUACAUUGAGGGUGAUGUUAUGAUGACCAUACUCAGUCCACUGGAGGUAUUCAGACGCUUUAUCUGGAACUAUUUUCGGCUGGAGAACGAGCAUCUCAACAAUGUGGGCAAGUUUCGAGCAGUGCGUGAUAUAUCAGUGGCGCCCAUGGAUUGCUCAGAUCAGACCACAAUAUUGCGCAUGAUGGAUGACGUGGAUGGCGUGAUAAAUCGUAGGCGUGGCAAGGCCGCUGGCGGCAAAGCUGUCAAUAAGAAGAACAAACACGAACAACAACGCUUACUCCUUCAAGGUGAAUCCGUUGAGGAUCUGUGCGCUUAGUGCGCACUCUUCUCAGUUACUCUUCUCAAUGUGCACAAAUAUUAAGUAUACGUAAAUAAAAAAAUAUCAGAAAAAAA